AUGGCUGCCGAGACUGUAGGAACUGCCCUCGCAGUAGCAGGAGUCCUCGGCCAGCUCUUUGACGGCUGCGUUAAAGCGUACAAUCUCUUCACAACCGCCGCAAACAUUGACACGGACAGCCAAAGACUUCUCUGUAAAAUUCUUGAGGAGUUGUGUAGUGCUGUCACGAAUUUUAAGAAGCUUAAGGAUAGGUAUGGUUUGGUUGAUGAGCAUGCUAGUGAGAACGGGAGAGCUACUUUGGAUGUUGAGAAGACAAAGGUUAGGAGGUCUCCUUCGCCUUCGAGAAAAAGCUCCAGAGAUGGGGAAAUUGAAAAAUUGAAUGGAGUCUCUAAGGCGAUGAGUGAGAUGAGUUGGGGGAAGGGUAUGGGCUUGAGAGCCAGAUGGGUUAUAGCAGAUAAAGAUAAGUUUACAAAUCUACUCAAAGACCUACGAGACUUUAAUGAUGGCUUCGAGUGUCUCUUCCCAUCAUCUCACCUCACAUCCUUCCAACGUGCCUGGACUCACCAACUCCUUGAGUCCGCCCAGCGCGGCAUAGCUCAGCUCUCCCUACUGGAAAAAGCGUCAACGGGUGUCUACCCCAAGCUCACCACCUCAGCCAAACUCAAGAAACUCCGGAUAAAUCUUGACGCUAAACCUCAAGCCUCAUUCAAGCCAACCUUCGCCCUCAAAGUCCCCCGUACUGCACUUGAGCUGAGUGACGAUGACGGCAAUGGCGGGCGCAGCAAAGGAAGGCAUGAAAGAGCAGGCGAUGUCGUUAUUGAGUGGGUGGACUAUGAUCGUGAUGAUGUGGACGAGCGCGUAGCUCAUGUUCGUCGUCUGGAUGAUCUCGCUCGGAUGAUGCAUUCAGCUUCCGAGUGUCAUCCUGAUCUUCACAGCAUCGACUGCGUAGGCUAUGUCGAUGACCAUGCGCGCAGCAGAUAUGGCCUUGUAUACAAAGCGCCCUCGUCAACCUUUUCGACACUCCACGAGCUCAUCGCCAGUGCAGAUCUCAAGACUCCUGACCUUGACGAUCGAGUUCGCCUGGCGCAUACGCUCGCGGUUGCUCUGUGGUCCCUGCGUUCAAAGAAAGAGGACUAUUUGUAA